UUUUAUUUUUCAAAUGCUUACCCAUUUAACUGAAGCUGUUACACACCACAAAAAUACAUGUUUUUCUUUGCCGUUUCUGAUUAUUUGUGGUUUUGAUUUAAGUUUUUAUGCUUACUGGGUAUCUUGGAGAAUUGGGUUUUUUAAAUUAUCUUGUGUUAGAUGGAUGGAACAGCUUUGCCCUCUCUCUCUCUCUCUCUCUCUCUCUCUCUGCUGCUUGAAAACUAGGGCUUUUGGAGAACCUUGAAUGUCAAUGUAGGGUGAAAAAAUUUUGGAUGAAGAGGGCCCACUUUUUCAUGCCUCUUGAUCAAACAUAGCUGUUUGGACUAACACUGAUUAAAGAAAGCUAGAUAUUCUUCUUAAUCUAUAAAUAGCAAAUGUGUUUUGUUUAAUCCUCUUUUAUGCACCUUUAAUGUUGAUAUUAUUUUUGGAAUCUGAAUGAGCAAUGGAGGGAUAUAAGGUGUGAAUGUCAUUGAAAGCUCCAAUGUUUGAAUUGAGUAACUCUACAUACACAAUUAAACCUCAUAAAAGUACUAGACUGUAUAUGUGGUACCGCUGACUGAUGAUACAUCGGGUGGGCUCUAUCAUGCUGUCUUAUGCAUUUGAGUUUCUGUAAAUCUUGAAAUGAUUUUGGGGUGUCAAUGAGAAAAUGGAUGUUGAGAAACGAGCUUCAAAAGGGGGUUUUCUUCAGUUGUUUGACUGGAAUGUUAAAUCUAGGAAGAAGCUGUUCUCGAACAAGUCAGAAUUACCUGAAGAUUCACAGCAGGGAAAAGAAAAUGUUGCAAAUUCAAUUAUACUACACCCUCAGCAUAUGGAGGCGCAUGAGAAUGGACCAGGUCUGAGAGGCAAAAAAAAUGGUGAUUAUAAUUUUGCUUCCUCAGUGACUAGUGAUGAAGGAUAUGAAACUAGAGUGCCAGGUGUGGUUGCCAGACUUAUGGGACUGGAUUCUAUGCCUACUACUAUUUCUGAUCCGUGCUCCAGUACCCCAUUUUUUGACUCUCCUUCUGUUAAAGAUUCUUGUUCCCAAAGGAGUACUUACAAUUUUCAGAUUGAGCAUCACAUUAUAAACAUGUCAAAUGAUGGAAUUGCGAGGAAUGUUGUAGAAUCAAGGCUGCAGAAGGUGCAGAGCCGGCCAAUUGAGAGGUUUCAAACUGAAGCCUUGCCCCCAAAAUCAGCCAAAUACAUUCCAAUUACCCACCAUAGGCUGUUAUCCCCUAUCAAGAGUCCCGGGUUUAUCCCAACAAACAAUGCUGCAUACAUAAUGGAGGCAGCUGCCAAAAUGAUUAAGCAUGGCCCUCCAUCAACAAUCAAGAGUAAGACGGCAUGCUUUGGGUCUUCUUCAGUUCCAUUGAGAAUUCGGGAUCUGAAAGAGAAACUCGAGGCUGAACGGAGAGCUUCCGGGCCCCUUGAAUCAUCUCAAAGACCCAAAGAGCUGAUUUCUUUUAGGUAUAAUAAAGGAAAGCAUAGUGAGAAGAACCACCGUAGAUCAGGAGAUAAACAACUCUAUAAUGCUUCCAUGGGUUCAGUACGAGACAGUUCUGAUUAUUUGAAUAAAAAAGGGAAAUCGGUUUCACUCGCUGUCCAAGCAAAGGUCAAUGUUCUGAGAAGAGAGGGAUUGCCUCCAAGUGGUAAUAGGAGUUCAAUCAACCGAAAGUUAGAUGACAAGGUUAAGCCGGUCCAGUUUAAUAAGAGCCAAUCGAAUGUGCAAAAGAGUGGGCAAAAGGGGACUUCUACAAGCAGGACUAUGGAUGUGCUCAAGCAUAAUAAUCAGAAGCAGAAUUGUGUAGGUGGUAUAGACAGACUAGCCGCCAAAGCCUCAAUAUCCAACCAGCAAGACAGAAAAAUUCCGUCCACCAAUGGUUCUGUUAGGCCAAAUAAGACCUCAAAUAAGGUUCUAAACUCAGGAACUGUGUGCAGGAAAAUGAAUUCUGCUGCAAAAGAUACUAGAAAGGAGCUUCUGUCGUCUAAAACAAAGACUUCUGAUGAAAAGAAACGGCCCAUCUAUAAGGAUAUUCAUUUUGAAGAAAGUGUUGCUAAGAACAUAUCGAUCACUAGACAUGAAAGGUCUGUAAAAUGUAACAUUGCAAAUGAUGGCUGCUUGAACUGGGACGUACUUGACAGGAAACACAGCAUGGAUGUUGUUUCGUUUACAUUCACAUCGCCCAUUAGAAGAUUAGCACCUGGGUCCCAGUCCUCUGGUGAAGUCAUGGAAAAGAGGGCCCUCUUUUGUGUUGAUCCUUGUGAUGACAAUGAUCCACAUGACUUGAAAAAUCCGACUUUAUCUUCUCCAGGCUUGAAUGAGGUUGGUGGAAAUGUUUUGAAUGUUCUUCUUGAGCAAAAGCUUAAGGAAUUAACAUGUAGAGUUGAGUCAUCUACUUAUGACCUUGUUGAAUCUGGGAGUGCUUCUGGUUCAUUUAGUUUGCAAGAUUCCCUGUCAACUCUCAACGUGAUGAAUUCUUUCUCAACAGAACAUCACAAUAGCUUUCAGCUUAAUCAGCAUAAAGAUAACUCAAGCCCCCUGUAUGAUAUUGAUUUGGCUUCAGUUGAUGAUCUGCGGCUCAAAGCUAAACAAAAGUGGCAGGGGUUUGGAGAGAUGGAAGGGAACAGCAGUAGCAGCAACAGCAGUGAAUGUGUAAAAGAACUUGAUUGCCGAUCUCCUAGUCCAAUCUCAAACCUUGAACCCUCUUCCUCGUAUGGAAGUUGCUACUCAUCAGAUAGCAAAACUAGUUUUAUUAGCAAUGGCUUCAAUCAGUGUUUAUGGGAUGAGGCUCGUGGAAUGGUUGAUUGUGUCUCUGCAAGAAAGUGCCAAUUAGUGGAAGUAGAGACAGAGUUAUCUGAUUCAGCUUCUUCCACAUCAGCUACAUACAUGGGUGGAAAGGAUACUUCUACUACAUGCAGUUUGAUAGAUUUUGAGAAAUCUUCCAAGUGGCAAUUAGAAUACAUAACAAAAAUUCUUUGCAAUUCAGAGUUGAUUCUCGAUGAUCUUGUGUUGGGUCAGGUCAACAAGGUGAUAACACCCAAUUUGUUUGAUCAGUUGGAAAAUCCAAAAACUGGUGGUGAUGAAAAUGCAAAAGAGCGAAAGGUUUUGUUUGAUUGUGUGAGCGAAUGUCUAGAAUUAAGAUCCGAGCAUCUAUUUGGCGCAAGCUGCAAAACAUGGUCUAAACGGUCAAUGUUGUUCGGAAGGAUGGGAUGGUUGACAGAGGAAUUCUACAAAGAAAUAUCAAGUUGGACAAGCAUGGGAGAUUUGAUGGUGGAUGAGCUUGUCAACAAAGAUAUGAGCUCUUGGCAUGGAAGAUGGGUUGAUUUUGAAAUUGAAGAAUUUGAAGAGGGUGUAGAGAUUGAGAAGGGGAUUCUAACUUCUUUGGUUGAUGAAUUGGUUGUUGAUUUCUUGUUGGUCUAGGUAGAUUGUGACAAGUCAUGGAUCUUGUAUUAUUUUAUUUCAUGUAGAGAAGGAAAGAUUUUAUGGCAAAAUAUACCUCUGGUCAUGUAAUUUGCCUCAUGUUACUAUGGUCCUUAUCGUUCCAAUUGUAUCAAUUUUGUUUUUUAAUUUUU